AUGUCCCGCCUCAACAUUCAGGGCGCGGGCCGCGACGACUCGCAGGAUACCCGGGUUCAUAUGCUUCACGACUUGAUUGACAUCACCGAUCAUUCGUACCCUAAACACCUACAUACUUCAGAUGACACGGACCUCAUUCUGUACCUACACAAGUUGAAGUCGGCGAAGCGAGAUGAGAGCGGGACAGUAAUCUGCAAGAUGGCUGUCUCGACCAUUGGAGGAGUGAAGAUCCUACAACACGAGGCUAAAAUCUACGAAGCCCCAAAUACGCAGCCACUGCAUGGCAACAUCAUGCCGAAGUAUUUCGGACUGUUUCAAGGAACAGUGGAGGGUCAGACCGUGACAUGUAUGGUGCUGGAAUUUUGUGGAGAGGCGUUGACGGAGCGUCUGCGUGACCAGAAGGAAUCAUUCAGAAAAGCAGCGAUCAGAGCGUUCCAGGAAUUGCAUUCAGAGCGAAUCCACCUCGUCAAGGGGGAUAGAGGAGACUACAAGCAUCAAGAUAUCAUUCGCAGGCCGGAUGACACGCCUUGUCUUGUGGACUUCUCAAGGGCACGUCCGCAUAUUGGUCCAUGUCAUGACGCCGAAAUCGAGUUCGAGGAUUACAAGACUCCGACGCAUUGGCCAACCUCAGAUUUGGUUUGUGGAGAACUUCUCGCCGUCGCCGACGAUGCGUGGGUUUUCGUAGGAGCAUUCGGCCCUAUAUACUACUACCAGGGCAUUUCACUGGAGGAGCACUGGGAACGAAACAAAGAGGGGUUCGUGAGGUACACGAAGGAGGAGGCGCUCAUGCUGUUAGAGCCGGUUAUUAAGAAGUAUGAGGAGAUGCUCAAGAAGAGACGUAUGGCUUUAGACAAAGUGGAGGAGGAGGAGGAGUCCUUUUAGCCACCGAUCGCUGUCGCACGACAGCUCACAAAUGUUUGAUGCACGAUCUCACGCGAGUGCGGUAGUGCAUGUGCAUAGCGUGAUCCGCAAGUACCACGGUCGCUUAGGGUUUGCCACACCUCCCGCUUAUCGUGCGCGAAGUCGGACUUGUGUGAGCGGACUCAUCCUCGAGCGUGGCGGACUCCUCUGGGGGUAAGGACUUCGUGGAGCUUUUGAACGAUUCUGAGCCGGAUCAGGUGUCAGCGAGGAGCAGGAGACGUUCGUACGACCACUCGUGUAUGAGCAAUCGAUACAGGGUAUAGCAAACAUACAUGUAGGCCAACGUUACACUGCGACGGGUAUGAGUACAACAAUACAUUCCUUCAUUCAUCUCUUCUGAUCACGUCAU